UUUCUCUCUCUUUUUUUCUCUUACUAUUCUUCUUCUUCUUCUGGUGGGUCGACUUUUCAUUGUUUGCAGGCGUCCAAUUCUCUCUCCUAUAUUUUUUUCCCUUUAUUUUCUCCCAAAUUUUCUGGGUUUUGUCGAAUUUCAGACUUUGAGGUUAAGAAUUUUUCUUACAGGGAGAUUAUGGCAGGAGGAGGAGGUACAAAUAGUAGUUUGAGGAAAUAUUUGGGAUCCAUUAAGGAUACCACCACAAUUAGCUUAGCUAAAGUAAAUAGUGGUUAUAAGGAGCUAGAUGUAGCAAUUGUCAAGGCUACUAAUCAUGUUGAGCGACCAGCGAAAGAGAGACACAUAAGAGCAAUAUUUGCAGCAGUUUCUGCUACAAGACCUCGGGCUGAUGUAGCAUAUUGCAUACAUGCUCUUGCUAGGCGUUUAUCAAGAACACAUAAUUGGGCGGUUGCUUUAAAAACUUUGGUUGUUAUUCAUCGUGCAUUGAGGGAAGUGGACCCAACAUUCCAAGAGGAGCUUAUUAACUAUGAAAGGAGCAGGAAUCAUAUGCUCAAUAUGUCGCAUUUCAGAGAUGAUUCAAGUGCAAGUGCAUGGGAUUACUCUGCUUGGGUUCGUGCUUAUGCCUUAUUUUUGGAAGAAAGGCUGGAAUGUUUCCGUGUGUUAAAAUAUGAUGUUGAGACUGAGCGCCCUAGAACAAAAGAUCUUGAUACAGUUGAAUUGCUCGAUCAAUUGCCAGCAUUACAGCAGCUUCUUUACCGGGUCCUUGGUUGCCAGCCUGAUGGAGCAGCUGUUCAUAAUCAUGUAAUUCAGUUGGCACUUUCACUGGUUGCUUCAGAAAGUACUAAAAUCUAUAGCGCUAUCAGUGAUGGUACGGUUAACCUUGUUGACAAGUUCUUUGAGAUGCAAAGAAGUGAUGCAUUGAGGGCCCUCGAUAUAUAUCGUAGAGCAGGACAACAGGCUGAAAGACUGUCGGAGUUCUAUGAAGUCUGCAAGAGCCUUGAUGUUGGGCGUGGAGAGAGGUUUACAAAAAUUGAACAGCCUCCUCCUUCAUUCUUACAAGCAAUGGAAGAAUAUGUGAGAGAAGUACCUAGAGGUUCAACUUUCCGCAAAGAACAGGUCAAACAUGUGGUUGAUGAAAAAUCUACCGUAGUCCUAGCAAUUGAGGACAAAGAUGUUACUGAUGUAAAGGAGGAACACCCACCAUCACCUCCUCCUCCAGAACCAGUCAAGGAGGAAAAAGUCGUGACCGAAGUUCCUGAUUUAUUGAGUAUGGACGAUCCCAAGCCAGUUGCUUCAGAUUUAGAAGAUAAGAAUGCAAUGGCUCUUGCUAUUGUUCCAAUCGAUGACCUAUCAGCUACACCUCCAGCUCCCAAGCUGGAAAAUGGCACGACUGGUUGGGAACUGGCACUUGUCACUGCACCAAGCUCAAAUGAGAGUGCCGUUGCCACAACCAAGCUGGCUGGAGGACUGGAUUUGCUAACAUUAGACAGCCUGUAUGAUGAUGCAAUGAGAAGGACCAACCAGACGACGAGCUACAAUCCAUGGGAGCCUGCUCCAUUGACCAAUCCAAUGAUGCAGCAACCUGUCCAUGGCCCGUAUUACGCCUCAAACGCUAUGGUUGCACCACAAUCUGCUCAGAUGGCUGCAAUGGCCAAUCAGCAACAAGCAUUCAUGUUGCAGCAGCAGAUGAUGAUGGGCCAUCAACAACAGGCACCAGCCAUGAACCCAUUUGGCAAUCCUUAUGCAGCCAACCCCUAUGGUCCUGCCAUGCCCAUGCAAACAUAUAACCCAUACACGGGAAUGUUAUGAGUUUCCACGUGAAUUACUUGCUAUAAAUACGAGAGAGAACAAAUGAUAGACGAGUAUAUUGAAAAGUGGUUUGUGUACCAUAUUUUGUGUAUGUUUAGAUAGGAAUAGCAGGGUUAUUGUUUGAUAAUUAUAGGGAGGACAGACAUUUGAUUUUAUUGAUCAUUCUUGGAGAAACUGUAGUUUAAUAAUUAUUGAUGUAAUUAUUUGACCUGCUUAUUUGUUGAAUAUGUUGAGCAGGUACUUUGAAUUUUUAUCAUAUACUUCAGCAGUGCGUAUAGCCUAAGAUUUGAAUAACAAUUUGUACUAAUUUUCCAUUUUUUUUGUAUUGCUUGUAUGACUUCGAUUUUAUGC